AUGGCGCAAGUUGCGGCUGAUACCGCCGCCCAAAUCAGAGAUGCUGCUGCUGACUUUGCAACUGAGCAUCUUGUUGAUGCUACACUCACUGCAUUGGGUAUUCUGGCACUGUUGACUCCAUGUGCGCUUGAAAUAAUCGGACUCGGGGAUUUGGGUCCAAUUGAGGGCUCAUUUGCGGCGGCUUGGCAGAGACAAUAUGCCGGUUACGUUCCGAAGAAGGCUUUGUUCGGUUAUUUUCAAAGGCUGGGAAUGAAAUGGCACUGGAGUAUUUGA